AUAUAACUUAAAAGUUCGGGGUUACCACAUAAGAAUAUAUUAGUUUACUGUGUUUGAAUAAAAAAUAAACAUCACAAAAUGUAUAUGCAACAGUUUGAGAGCUUAAAAAUAGCACAAAUAAUAUUUUGUGGUUAUUGAUUUGUUAAUGAGACUAGCGGUAUUUCCAAAAUGGCAGAAGAAAUUCGAGACGAGCCGAUGGCCUCUCCCAAAGCUCAAAUUCCAGGACGUUGGGACCAUGUCAAAAAGUUCUUGGAGAGGACAGGCCCAUUUGCUCACCCUGAGUUUGAACCAAGCGUAGAGGUAUUAGAUUUCAUGUUGGAGUCAUGCAAAAUAUUGGUGAUAGGAGCUGGAGGUCUUGGUUGUGAACUUCUCAAAGAUUUGGCUCUGAUGGGGUUCAGGCAGAUCAGUGUUAUAGAUAUGGAUACAAUAGAUGUCUCUAAUCUCAACAGGCAAUUCCUAUUUAGACCCAAAGAUGUAGGCAAGGCCAAAGCAGACUGUGCAGCUGAAUUUAUCAACAAUAGAGUACCAGGCUGUAAUGUCACUCCAUAUUAUGCCAAAAUACAGGACUUCGACAGUUCAUUUUAUAGAGGAUUUCAUAUAGUUGUGUGUGGCUUAGACUCGAUCAUUGCAAGAAGAUGGAUCAAUGGCAUGUUGCUGAGUUUGCUCAAUUAUGAAGAUGAUGGUACAUUAGACAUGUCAGGUAUCAUUCCUAUGAUAGAUGGAGGCACUGAGGGGUUCAAGGGAAAUGCGAGGGUUAUAAUCCCUGGCAUGACGGCCUGUAUUGAAUGUACCCUCGACCUUUACCCACCUCAGGUAAACUUUCCCAUGUGUACAAUUGCUUCAACUCCUAGAUUACCAGAGCACUGUAUAGAAUAUGUACGGGUCUUACUUUGGCCACAGGAUAAACCAUUUGGAGAUGGCGUUGCAAUAGAUGGUGAUGACCCACAUCAUUUACAGUGGAUAUUUGAAAAGUCCAUAGAGCGUGCAAAUCAGUACCAGAUCACUGGGGUAACUUACAGACUUACUCAAGGAGUUGUGAAAAGAAUCAUACCUGCAGUAGCAUCAACAAAUGCUGUGAUAGCUGCUGCUUGUGCCACAGAAGUAUUCAAACUUGCAUCUCAGUGUUGUUUGCCACUAAGUAACUAUAUGAACUUCAAUGACACAGAAGGGGUCUACACUUACACAUUUGAGGCUGAAAAGAAGGAUGACUGUGUGGCGUGUAGUAACAUCCCAAAACCUCUCAAAUUCACAGAGGACUCAACACUUGGCCAAAUUAUUAAUCACUUGAAGGAACAUGGUGACUAUCAGUUCAAAUCACCUGGCAUUGUGACAUUAAUAGAUGGGAAAAAUAAAACAUUAUACAUGAACACAGUCAAAUCUAUAGAGGAAAGAACUAAACCUAAUCUCAAGAAAACAAUAAAAGAACUUGGACUGCUGGAUGGCCAAGAAAUCUAUGUUGCAGAUUCUACUACACCUAAUUCAUUAACAUUUAAACUUCAACUUACCAGUAGUAUGGAUCGAGACUCAUAGCACAACUGUAUACCUACAGUAACCAGCAAGUAAUAAGAUAAACCUUGUUACCCUAAGUCAACAUGCUUAAAUGUAUAGAAUUGGCAGAAACCCGUGUGCUCCAUUCAAAUUAAAUAGAAGAAUAAAAUGGAGAGGCACAAGGAAAGAAUAUUUGCCAUGGUUGAGAACUGCAGUAUCAUGUAGUAAAGGAAGAGGCAAAAAAUGCAUAGGAAUUAUUUUAAAUCAUUAGGACAUUGAAAUUCUUAACAAGGAUUUGGGAAUGUAACCUGAUGCUAUACUAGGUUAUGAACCCUGGUUGAUGUACAGUGUAUAUCAUUGCCAGGGAACAUAUAUGCAUUGCUAGGUAAGCAAUCUGUAUGACUCUGCAAAGCAAUCACAUUUGAUUGAGAAAUCGGGAAUUUAUUAAUGGGGAAGGAAACAAAAUAGAAGCUGUCUAGUUUAUCUUGUUGACAAUCCACAAAUAAUAGUAAACCAUAUUUAUGUCACAUACAUUUUCAUUGUGUCAUGACAUCAUCACAUUGGCUUUUAUGAGGUAUUAUAUU